CGCUCGUUGUACUUCGGCGCCAAAUAUAAAUUUCGUCGUCAGUGGAGCCGAAUACCGAUGGUUUGACAGUUCGUAAGUUCUGCGAUAUUCCCGAAAUUUGCGGGAUAUUCAUAUUGAUAUAAAGUGAUAAGCUUGAACACAGCUAAAAUGGAAACAGACAAAGACCGACGUAAUGCCGCUUUGCGUUGGCUCGAGUACUCGGGUGGCCUCAGUCAGCUUCGUUCAGCAAUGGUGGCCCGUGCGAAGCUGAAUCCUCCACCGAAAGUUCUGAAAGUGCCAGUUCACGUGAACAUUGGAAAGCUCAAUGAGAUUGACGCUGACUUCGUCACGCUAGUCAUGAGGAAGCCCAAGGAAGCACAGAGGAUCUUCCAACAGGUGAUCCACACUGCAGCAGUGGCCAUAUCCCUAGAACUGAAGCCCCAGCCCCUCAGUGACGUCACGAUGUCCCAACUGACUACAGAACCUGACCACUGUCCACCAUCUCAACUUACUUCCCUGCCAGAUAUGGACGAUAUAGCUUCUCUUUACUCUGACGGCGUUAAACUCUCUGGUACGCAGGCACCAACAAAGGACUCCGUAGUGAACUCUAUCGACAAGGUUGAUUUCGACUUGGCUCUAACUUCGCUAGAAUUCGACUUGCCCAUCGAUACGGCCAUAACGCAGGAGGCCGGUGAGAUACUAACGAUUUCACAGAUUCACGCACCCUUGAGAGUAGACGGAAUCCCCUGGUUCCGGGAGUGGGUCGUAGGAGGAGUGACAGAUCUACCACGAAGCACUGACGAAGACCCAGUCUUGGCCCUCGUCUCUGGGAGGGUCAUGUCCCUCUCUCUGCCAAAGUCUUACACUGUCUGGGCUCGUUAUCUUUGUACCAGUGAAGGGUGUGUCGGUAUGGCCAGAGAUCUUCAUAUUAGAGUGUUUGCCGUUGCAGGCCAAGAUGCUGAUGAUAUGCACCAUAAGCCACGCUGCAGGGUUUGUUGCUCUGAGCUGGAGGAGGAUCCAUCAUCCCAUGAACUAGGCGAGAAAUCUUUCAUCUUUUUACUUCCUGACUCUCAGAGUAGUGCCCUUACCAGAGAGGUUUACAUGAGGGCACAGUUGUUGAAGAUCACCCUUCGAGACGAGAUGUUGGCCAACCUAGCGCCAGGCCAGAGGAUGCAGGCAACUGUGAUGAUAGUGCCGAAGAAAUGCAACGAGUUCCCGUGCCUCGAAGGAAUUCUGGUACAUCCUCCUGCCCCUCUGAGGCCUCCUUCCUCCUUACCUCCUCUGUUCAGGCAACUGGUGAGAGACAGGCAGUCAUCACCAUGGUCUCUGGUUCUGACGCUGGCAUAUAUGUUUGGCACUGCAGUUGUUCCAGCGGGGACCUUCCAUACUCUGAAGUUGGCACUGCUCCUGUCAUUAGCGUCAUGCUCUUCACAGAAGGCUGGACUCGCAGUCUUAGCCGUAGGAAGCAACACCACGCUGGUUCUACGGCUUCUUUGGUAUGGAGCCAAAUUCGCCUCACACUCCGUGACUCACUCGUCCUUGGACGACGUCACGGCAUCAUUCAGCAAGGACCACGAAGGGAAGAUCUGGGUGCAGGGAGGAUCCUUACUUCUCGCCCACGGCGGUGUGUGCGUUCUCGGAGACUUCUCCAAAUUCAAGAAAGACGCCAGGCGUUCUGUUUGUAAUACUCUGGAAAGUGGCAUGGUACUGGUGGAGGCAGCUCCUCGUCUACGGUCCCAAACCCCCAUCCUAAAGUACCCUCUUCGAGCAGCCGCAUGGGCAUGCUACGACCCUGCUCACCACAAGGGCAGAACUUCGACCGAAAUGGAGGACAUGUUCCUCCGUGUGCCACUCGGAGACCUAACGAAAUCUAUUUCAGAUGUAUUUGGACUGGUAAUAUACACAGAGACACCUGGUGGCGAGUGUGAGUCCAAGGCUGAGGAAGAGAUAACACUUCACUCGCUGCUGAACGCCAUUACGAAUCCAAUGGAGUCUCAGGCGUCAACUUUAUUGCGACCAGAGGAUCUGAAAGAGUACCUGGCUAUGGCUCGUAGCCUAGAGACUGUGUUCAGCGCAGGAGCAGAGAAACUGAUUCGAGGGUAUUAUGUGGCAGCUAGGAGAUUACGAGGCGACUGUGUCCAGGGGUCAGCCGUGCCCGUCACCGCCAUACAUACUUUAGCGCAGGCAGCCGCAAGCCACGCCCGCCUGGCCCUCAGGAGCACAGUCGAAACUUGGGACGCCGUUGCAGCCAUCCUAUUAUGCGAGGAAGGACUAGCUGCCCAUUUCGGUUACUCCCUUCUGCAGGUACCUCCUACGCCUCACCUCUCCGCCAACACCGACCUUCAUAUCUUGGUCGGUAGGAAGAACGACGAAAGGAUGGCAAACUUCCAGAGGCAACUGGAGAACUUCAUUGCAAUGCAUACUGGGGACAUUCCAUCAACUCUGACAACAUGAUUUUGGUCUACUGAAGAACUUCUGUCUUUGUCGAACGGAAAGAUGUGUUACAGAAGAGAGUCUGAUCUCUUCCUCCCUCUCUCUCUUGUAAAAGUAGUUAUGUAUGAAUGUGCAGAUGUUAGCAAUUGUCUUUUAGUUUUGCAUUCAAAGGAAUUAUGAAUUGCUAUUUUAGCAAAAUUUUUGUCAGUAAAUUUGACUAUUGAAUAUUCUUGUAGGAAAAAGACUGUUACUAUUAAUAU